GAGACCGAGACAGAGCGCCCCAGAGGAGCCUUUUCCUUUUUACUUCAUCGUCUCAACGUCUGUCUCCUGUUGAACCACCUCGGCGCGAGGGACGGAGGGACAGGACCCCGGCGGCCAUGAGGAAACGUCUGGUCCAAGUGUUUGGCUUCCUGGCCUCGUCGCUGGGCUGGCUGUUUGUGCUGGUCACCAUGGCCAUGGACUUCUGGAGGAUCAGCCAGAUCGGCGGGCAGGGCGGGUCCUGGAUCAUCAAGGUGGCGUGGUACUGGUCCAACCUGUGGAAGGACUGCUACACCGACUCCACCGCCGUCACCAACUGCAGGGACUACCCCGUCCUCUGGUCCGUGGCCGCCUACGUCCAGGGGGUGCGAGGCCUCCUGAUGUGUGGGCUGACUCUCGGGUUCUUCGGGGUCGUUUGCUGCUUCGCCGGUAUGGAGUGCACCUACAUCGGUGGAGCGACUAAGACCAAGGACAAAUUUCUUCUAGCCGGGUCUGUGUUUCAUUUCGUCGGAGGCGUGUCUGACAUCGCAGGCUACUGCCUUUACAUCAACCGAGUGGCCAGGAACGCUUUUACUUUGAAUCUACAACCAGGAGCCCUGAGGUAUGACCUUGGAAACCCCAUAUUCCUUGGAUUGGUGGGCAGCUUUCUCAUACUGUUUGGGGCCAUCCUUUACGCCAUCACAGUCUUUAGAGUGGUCUGGCCUAAGAGGACGGAGAACGUCAACGUGUACGGGACCAGGACGUACAUGGCGCCGGGGACCCGAGGCAGGAGCCUGUACACGGGCUACUACAGACCCUCCGGGGUCCAGGGGGGGACUUACUACGGCCAGGGACGCUCCUACAGCUCCAGGGUGUCCAACCUCUCCCGGACCACCCCCGAGAGACUGUCCCAGAGAGACGCCUUCGUCUAGGGGCGGCCGCUGGGAGCCCCCCUGACGCCGGUAGAGAGACGGGGACCGAGGUCUCAUCAUGUACAAUUGUAAAGAUAAACUUUUGCUUUGAUGCACGUGUCGAUUUUGAUACCCUUCUAUGUUAACUUUUGUGGAUACAGUUAUUCUGGCUCUGGUUAGGAUGUUUAAGGUUGGAAGUCUUUGUGAUGUUUGUCAACCUAAUAAAAAAUGUAUGUUACACAUGUAUUGGCUCAU